AUGAAGUACCAACUCUUCGCCGCCGUUGUCGCGGCUUUCGCUUCCAGCGUCAACGCUGCUGAUGCCGUCAAGGGCGCUGCUGAGGGUUUCGCAAAGGGUGUAACUGGUGGUGGCAACGCCGCACCUGUCUACCCGACCAGCACCGCUCAGCUCAUCAGCUACCUCGGCGACGACACCCCUCGCACCAUCGUCCUCACCAAGACCUUCGACUUCACUGGCACCGAGGGCAAGGCUACCUCCUCCGGUUGCCGCCCAUGGGGUACCGGCUCCGGCUGCCAGAUCGCCAUCAACCAGAACGGAUGGUGCGACAACUACCAGGCCAGCGCUCCCAAGGUUGGCAGCAUCACCUACGACAAGGCUGGUGUACUAGGAAUCACCGUCAAGAGCAACAAGUCUAUCAUCGGCCAAGGCACCAAGGGUGUUAUGAAGGGCAAGGGUCUCCGCAUGACUGGCGGCGUCAAGAACAUCAUCAUCCAGAACAUCCGCAUUACUGAGAUCAACCCUCAAUACGUCUGGGGUGGUGAUGCCAUCACCGUCGACGGCGCCGACAUGAUCUGGAUUGACCACGUCACCACCGACUUGAUCGCCCGUCAGCACAUUGUCCUCGGUAACACUGCUUCCGGCAAGGUCUCCAUCACCAACAACGAGAUCAACGGUGCCACCGCCUGGUCUGCCACCUGCGACAGCCACCACUACUGGGGCAUGUACUUCACCGGUGCCAACGACAUGGUCACCCUCAAGGGCAACUACAUCCACCACACCUCCGGCCGCUCGCCCAAGGUUGCUGGUAACACCCUCCUCCACGCCGUCAACAACUACUUCUACGCCAACUCCCAGCACGCUUUCGAGGCCGACUCUGGCGCCAAGAUCAUCGCUGAGGGCAACGUCUUCCAGAACGUCAAGGAGCCUGCUCAGUCUGGUCUUCCCGGCAAGGUCUUCGCUGUCGGCAACAACGGCGCUGCCUGCAAGUCUGCCAUGGGUCGCAACUGCGAGCCCAACGUCUACGGCAGCUCUGGUACUCUUGCUGGCUCUGACACCAGCAUCCUUGCUGGCAUGAAGGGCAAGAACAUUGCCGCUGCCGGCACUGCUGCCAGCGCUAAGAACGUCCAGCAAUCUGCUGGUUACGGAAAGAUCUAA